AUGCUUGAUAGAGACUUCGCGCUAUUUAAGCAGAGAACUUUGAAUCAUCUUCUUGGAAACAGAGCAUUCGAUAUAAAAAAUGUAGUUGCCAUGGUGACUUACUUUUACCCCGAUGUUGCCACAAAGCCUAUCUAUAAAUCUCGUGUGUUGUUAACUAUUGCAAUAGAGUUACUUGUCGUCAAGGACCAUGAUUUUGCUGCAUUUUUUCACAUCACCACUUCCAAUUGA